CAUGCAACAUACUACAUAGCUCGCAGAUAUUUUGGACCACUAGUUGAAACACCCACUUCUUUGGUUAUCCUGUCAGUUGCUUUUAAGAUUUUAAAUACUUUGAGUGUCUUUGUUUUUUUAAAUUCGAAUUGAUGGGAAUCAAUUCUUCUAGUCCCUCUUCAGAAAUGAGCGGUGCAGUAACUAAUGCAAUUCGGCAGAGAAUCUCUCAAAACACUGUGGUAAUUUAUUCAAAAACGUAUUGCCCAUAUUGCACAAUGGCUAAAGAGGUUUUUGACAAAAUGCGCCAGCCUUAUGACCUCAUUGAAUUAGACCAAGUGCAAGAUAGUGAACAAAUUCAAGACGCUCUUGGGAAGAUGACAGGAACUAGAACUGUUCCUAGAGUAUUUGUCAAGGGUCAAUGUAUUGGAGGUGGAACUGAUACUCAAAGCCUAUACAAGCAAGGAAAACUCCAGGAUAUGUUAAAGUAAAGGUCUGAUGGUUAGUUAAUACUUAAUUGUGUUGGUAUUGCUGGUGAUCAAUACAUGCCAUAUUGUCUUAUA